AAUUAAAGUUGAAUCAUCACCAGCAAUUCAUAACAAUGGCAGAUCGCUUUCAGAUCUUAAAGGUUAAUGGCAGUGCCAAUGUCAAUGCCGCUUUCGACGCGGAAACCGGCGGCGGCGGCGGCAGCGCAGCCAAUGCGGAACAGCCACCAAAUGGGCCCGCCAGUGGCCCCGCCCACGAGAACCAUCUGCAGCCCAAAGCAACAGACGGCGGCGAAAGUCGUCGAACAUCGCGUUUAUCCUUCCGUGGCUUUGGCCAAUUCCUGCGCAAAUCCGAUGCCGAACGCAAGUUCAGCCUGGCACAGCUAACAAAGGAAACGCUUCCGCGCUUGGAUAACUAUCGCAUCUCUAUGCGAAAUUUGAAGCGACCCUCAAUUGGCGAACUUCAAGGCGAGGUAGAUCAGACCAUUAAUAUACCAGAUGCGGCGGAACCGGAACCAACUGGUGGUCACAUCAAGCUGGGAUGGAUUGUCGGCGUACUCAUACCGUGUCUACUCAACAUUUGGGGCGUCAUGCUCUUCUUGCGUCUCAGUUGGGUCGUCGCCGAGGCCGGCAUUUUGUGGGCGUUAAUUAUAAUUGCCGUCUCGUCGGUAGUGUGCGUUAUAACUACUCUCUCCUUGUCGGCCAUUAGUACCAACGGGGAAGUGAAGGGCGGUGGCGUCUACUUCAUCAUAUCCCGCUCGCUCGGCCCCGAAUUUGGUGCCUCCGUUGGAGUUGUUUUUGCUUUCGCCAACGCGGUUUCAGCUUCGAUGAAUACAAUCGGUUUCUGUGAAUCGCUAAAUCUACUGCUGAAGAGCAACGGCUUAAUUAUCGUCGACAAUGGCAUCAAUGACAUCCGCAUUGUGGGCUCCGUUACGAUACUGGUAUUGAUCUUGAUCUGUUGCGUUGGCAUGGAAUGGGAGACCAAGGCGCAGAAUUUCCUCAUCUUCACCAUUAUCCUGGCCAUAAUCAACUUUCUAAUUGGCUCUGCGAUCGGACCCCGUGGUGAUGAGCAGCAAAUAUCAAGGGGAUUUGUCGGAUUUUCUUGGUCCACAUUCAAAGACAACUUUGGCUCUGACUAUCGCUAUGCAGAAGGCGUCAACCACAACUUCUUCAGCGUCUUUGCCAUCUUCUUUCCGAGCGUAACUGGCAUUCAGGCGGGAGCCAACAUCUGUGGCGAUCUAAAAGAUGCCGGCGCAGCCAUACCAAAGGGCACCUUCUGGGGCCUACUCAUUUCGAUGACUUCCUAUGUACUGUUUGUCUUGUUCGCUGGCGGUGCUGCAGUUCGCGAUGCCUCCGGCUUUCCCGAGGACUUGGUGAACGGCACGAUUGUGCCAUCGGAACUGCCCUGCAUCCAGUCCGGCAACUGCAGCUGGGGCCUCUUCAACUCCUAUGAGAUGAUGCAGGAGAUGUCGCUCUGGGGACCGCUCAUCUACGCUGGCUGCUUUGCGGCAACGCUGAGCACGGCGCUGACGAAUCUGCUGUCGGUGCCGCGCCUGGUCCAGGCUUUGGGCAUUGAUCAGAUCUAUCCGGGAUUGAUUUUCUUCUCAAAGCCCUACGGCAAGCAUGGAGAGCCCUAUCGCGGCUAUGUGCUGACCUUCUUCAUCUCCACGGGCUUUCUGCUGAUUGGCGAGCUAAAUCUGAUUGCCCCGCUCAUUUCCACCUUCUACCUGGCCUCCUAUGCGCUCAUCAACUUCUGCACGUUCCACGCGGCGUUCGUCAAGCCACUCGGCUGGCGUCCCACUUUUAAGUACUACAACGCAUGGCUUAGUUUAUUCGGGUUUGCGAUGUGUGUUGCGAUAAUGUUUCUCAUCAAUUAUGUGGCCGCCAUUAUAACGUUUGGCAUUAUCUUUGCCCUAUAUUUGGUGGUCAUGUAUCGAAAACCGGAUGCCAAUUGGGGAUCUACCACACAGGCUCAGCAGUACAAGGCUGCCUUAAUGGCCGUGCAUCGUUUGCAGAACGUAUCGGACCACGUCAAGAACUACCAUCCCCAAGUGCUAGUCCUUUCUGGUGAUCCAAAGACUCGUCCGCCACUCGUCGACUUUGGCUUCCUGCUGACCAAGAACAACUCGCUUAUGUUCGUGGGCAACAUUAUACCGGUGAGGGUGGGAUACAAGAACCGCCAGAAUCUGGUCAAGGACGGACAAAAGUAUUUGGACGCCCGCAAAAUCAAAGCGUUUUACAAUGUGAUCGACGGCUUCAGCAUCGAGGACGGCAUCAAUGCCAUGAUCAAGUCCACAGGAUUUGGGAAAAUGGCACCGAACAUCGUGCUGGUGGGCUAUAAGCCGGACUGGAAUUACUGCCGCAAGGAGGAGGUGGAAAGCUAUUUUGCCAUUUUGCACAACGCCUUUUCGCAGCGCAUGGGUGUGGCAGUGCUUCGCCUGCCCAAUGGUCUGGACUUCUCGGACCUAACGCCAAAGGUCGUAAUGCCCGACAACGGCAUGGGCCACUUGAAUACAGCCAAUGGACAAGGCUUCGCCAACGAAUUGUUACCCGCCGCCAACGCAGCCUCGGAGCUGCUACACAUUGACUCGAACUUGAAUCUGGCCAACAUGGAUAGCGCCAGUCCACACAACUCGUACACCAUACCACAGGAAGCGCCCUUGCCCAAUAUGCAAAGCUGCCGCAGCUACAAAAUCAACAAUUCAGAUGCCGCGUCUAUUACCUACCACACCAAAGCUGGCUCCGAGGUGCCCCAAACUGUGCUGGACGAAAUGAACAUAUUUACACGAAAGCAGCCCAAGGGCACCAUCGAUGUCUUUUGGCUGUACGACGACGGCGGUCUAACGAUUUUGCUGCCCUACAUCAUCUCGAUGCGCUCGCAUUGGCAGAACUGCAAGCUGCGCGUGUUUACCAUGUGUCACGGCAAGGACGAGGAGCAAGAGGAGAAGAGCAUGGCCAGUUUGCUGACCAAAUUCCGUAUCAAAUACUCAGAGCUUGUCAUGCUCAAAGGCGUUCAGGAUCAGCCGCGUCAUGACACAAUGCUCAAGCACAAACGGCUCAUCGAACCCUUCCGUCGCAGCCCCCGCAACGAAUUCGGCAUCACUGACGACGAGCUGCACAGCAUGGCCGAGAAGACGCAACGACAGCUUCGCAUCCAUGAGCUAGUCGUGAAGCACUCAUCGAACGCUACACUGGUGGUCAUGUCCCUGCCAAUGCCGCGCAAGGAGGCGAUCUCAGCACCACUGUAUAUGUCGUGGCUGGAAAUGCUGACGUCAGAUAUCAAAUGCCCAGUGGUAUUGGCACGCGGCAACCAGACGCCGGUGCUAACGCUCUACUCUUAAGGUUAAAUCAAUGUUCCAGUUCGAGUACAAUUUAGUAUUAUUAGCGUUUAGGCGUUCAUGUUCCGCGUAGCCAACUACUAUAUAUAAAACGAUGCAACUGCUACAAACCUCCCAAGAACCUUAAACAACUUGAUAGUCCCUAAAGCAAACAUUAUUAUAGCAGCCAUAGCUUAUAAGUUGAUUACGAACUAUACUGUUUAUGUAUAUUAUACAAAUAUGAUGCGUAACAAUAAACACAA